AUGCUGCCCGCCUUUACUCAAGUAAAACACUGGCAAAGAAACGAGCAUCUUGAGCAUUCAUUGAAAUUUUCGUUUCCACAAGAGCACAAGUAUGCGGCUGACGAAGCCACAUUGUUGCUUCCCCCAUAUUCGGGCCGCCCCACUCGAAAUUGUCGAGGCCUUCCAGACAACCACCGGCUGCGUCCCCAAUCAUGGGAUCUGAGCCGGAAAAUGCUCGUCUCAUUGGCUGCCGCUAUUUCUGUUUUCUCAGUUUUUUUUUUGUGGGCCAUUUGCAAAGCCUCCCACAGCAAAGAACAGCAAUCAGGGGCACUGAGGCGCCGCCUUGCUGCCAGUAAACGCAAAGCCGAUGAAGAAGAGUUGUCCCUUAUUGCAGAUCAGUGUGCAGCACUGGAGGCAGAGAUGGGCGUUGUGCGCCCAUUACCAGAGACUCUCUCUGACAUGCAUCCACGAAGGAAGAUAGCGAAACUAGCAUCAAUGUUACGGGAAGCUGCAGCAGCCCAUGAGCAGGUCGCCGCCAUGGCAGUAUCUUUGGAAGAGGCCUCCAGCACAACGCCAUCCCCAGAGACAACGGUCAUGGCUCUGGCCAAAAAUGCAGCGGGUAGUCAAAGCACUUACCGGUUUGAAGACGGUGGGGAUUUGCCUUCGCAGAUUGAUCCUCUUAUGUCUUCUGCGGAAGCUGAUGCGUCUGAGGAAUAUCUUGCCGCUUUGGAACCUUUUGGCUGGGUACGCAUAUCUCCCAGCACUUCCAGUGAGCUGGAAGAUCAGGAAAGCGACACAUCUCCAUCGAGCCUAGCUGACGAACAACAAGAUGGGGAGCCGUCAACAUCAGCGUCGGUGACCCAGCAGUAUCCUGAGGCGAGGGCUGUAGGGGCGUGGGACAUUGCAGAUCAUCCUUUUGCACGUGUACCCGUGCUGGAACCCAAUGUUCGUUUGAGGGAAAUCCGGACAGAGGGUUUUUUUUCUAGGCUAUGGACGAAUGUCUCAGUAUGGAAUCACUUUCUGAUCAUUCGCAGCUUGUUUGCCAAGGCUACUCUUAACCAAGAAGAUGUAAACAUUCUCAUGCGUACAUUGGAAAAACUAAUCGACGAUGUAUGGAUUCAGUUUCUGAACAAAGCUAGACGGACCCAGCCUGCGCUAGCAGCUGCUGCUUUAGGGCAAGCAUUCUUAGCAUUCGACUACAUAGUAAGCGCAAUCCAGCUUUUCGGAGAUGCCAUGCAGUUACCUCUGUGGUGGGAAAAAUUCAUCAGCGUUUUCCCCACUGACUAUUCCGUCGAUUGUUUAUCUUCCAAUCACCGAGAGCGUGUCGUAUUUAACACAUACAUAUCGAAGCGCCUACUUGAUGUACUCAAUAUCUACAAAACAGGAACGCGCCCCAACGUCGAGGAGGUAGUAGAGUUAAAGCGCCUGCUCUUUUGCUUCCCGCAUAGCCCCAAGCCCUUCAGGGACAGCCAUUAUGAUCCCUGGAGGGAAGAUGAUAAAAAUUUCAUGAAAUACGGCCACUAA